UUUAUUUGAAACAAAAUGAAAUUACAAAAAAUGUUAUGAUAUUCGAAGGUGGUAGAGGAAAAUGUCGCUUAUAAAUCUUUUGAAGGCUCCCAGUAAAUUGCUUAAAAAGCAUGUUAUUACAUUUCUGUUAAUUCGUCGCCAUGAUUUGGGAUUAACAGAGCAGAGCCUUCGUUACGUGGCCGUAAGACCAUCAGCAUCUGUGUCACGAUUGCGACGUAAGAUAUGGUACUUACUGGAUCUACCGGACUACUGCGAUGAGGUCAUAGUGCUAAAGUCUAGCGAUGAGCGAGAGAUACCACUCACGUCACUAUGCCGUGGAAACGACCCUCAACAUCCGUACAUAUUAGAAGUCUGGUUACCUGAGAAACCAAUGCUCUUUUUAGGUAUAUCUGCGGGUAACAAAAAUAUGUUAACAAUGGGUAACAAAAAAUCAAUUACGGAUACUAAUGGGGAAUCACAAGACAAUAUACGUGAGGAGACAUUGCAAGAAGAGGUUGGCAAAACUGUUGAAACUAAUCAGAAGACUGUAGAUUCUACAGGAGUAUUGGAAAGUCAUCGUUUGACUAAUAUACUGCAUGCGGAUCAAAAGAGAUCGGAUCUUUCGUUUAAAUUCUCUAAUUCUUCGUUAUUCUUUAAAAUUCCUCGACGGAAUAGCGCAGACAGCUUCACUGGUAUUUUAUUGAAGAUACAAAACGAUUUGUCAACACUCAGCUCUAAACUUACUCAUCUCGAAAACAAAAUUCAUGUAUGACUUACCAUAAACCAUUUUAAGUUUUUCCUGGACAUUUUGA